UUUGGUUUCAGAUGACCGAGUAGGUGCGCGCAUUAUGCGCGGGGUCACGUGAUCAAUGGCGACCGCGCGCUCGCGUUCCCCCCAAGAUGGCGUCCGAAGACGACGCGACUUCUCCAGGUCGCCGUACGUGACGCUGGGCGCGGUGCGUUACACCGUCCGCCGCGCCCCGCCGCCGCGCGCUUGCCCGUGCCGCUGCUGCUCCGAGGAGGCGGUGGCGGCGUGCCUCGGCCGCGCCAAGCCGGACCGCCGCACGCUGGAUCGCUUCCAGCGCCGCCUGGGCCGCGGCGCGCGCGAUGAGCGGCCCUCGCGCCACCAGCGCCUACGGGACCUUACCGAGCGCCUACUGCCGCGCGCUCACACCACUCCUAUCCCGCCACCACCGCCACCGCCACCUCCACCGCCACACUCAGCCCCUGUGCUGCCCCCGGUACCACCACCAAGGUUAAGACACCGCCACAGCCCCACUCGUGGCGUAUCCGUUGAUCGUUAUGAUGAUUUUGAUGCGGAUAAAAUUACAUUAGUUCGCGUUGAGCCGCGUUCGAUCGUCGGAUCUUAUGCCCAAAAGACUAUACCGUAUCGUAGUGCAUCUUUCUCGCAAGGCGACUUUGCGCAAGAAAAGUAUUAUCGAGGAAAGCAACCUUCCAUUUUUGAUUUUGAAAAGAGGCCCAAACGACAAGAGGAAAAUGAAUCGGCCUCCAGUCGUAAUGAGUCUACUAGUGUCACAGAAGAAAAUGUGACGGAAGGUGGGUCGGUCGCGUCUGUCGACUCCGCUGUUGGUUCCGAUGAAGGACUUAUUGUGAAUGCAUCGCCAGCUCCACGGUCUGUGCCGUCGGACGCUCUUCAUAAGCAACUUGGUGCUCGUUCGUUAACACAUCCACUACCGCGUCGCGUACCUCCAGUGCGGGAGGAGGGACCGUCUGAUGCCGGAGGUAGCCUACCGGUGUUGAUGGCACCUCGUGUUUUGCAUGAAUUACGUGAAGAAAGUGACGGUUCACAAGCAGAUAGUGCUCAAGCGCAUAGUGAAGGCACAUCUCCUCUUGAACCCUCCCAGCCUUUUACGUUCCCUCCUCUUCCAGCUCCCCCCAGUAAUGUUUGUGUGAACGUAGACUGUGAAUGUGUUAAUUUUUCUCCUCGUAAGGAAUCUGCUAGUGAAGUUGACAGUUCGAUACCAAUUCCUGUGCCGGUAUAUGAGUGUAUAGUGAAACAGUGGUCAAAAGAAUUGCCAUCGGAUGAAGCACAGCAUACAGAUGGUGCAUCGGAUGGUUCUUUAGAUCGAGACAAAGAAGACGAAACGAUAACUAGUGAACAAGUUGCAAAUUUAUUAGCGGCUGUACAAAAUCCGUGCACAGCUGCACCUAUAAGUGCUAGGGAAAGACGUAGACCUCUUGAUAAGACUAAAAGAAGGAAAGGUAUAUAUAUUACAACUGCAAGUGAUGAUGGUGGCGAAGAAGAUCCUCCAUCUUCCGUAAACGGGUGUAAACGAGAGAGCAGUGACGUUUCUCUUUCAGAUAUGCGUUUAUCAGCAGAAGCACGAACAUCAUCUUUACUUGGAGAAAAAUCUGAUGACUCAUGUACAAAUGGACCACCGAGCCCAAGUGAAGGAUCAACACCUGUUUGGCCAAGAUCAGAUGAGCUAAGGGCUCGACGUGCUCGGUUUUCUCAACAGAGCUCUGAUGAGAGAGACGAGGAAACAUAUCGAGUAAGAAGAAAAUAUGGAGUAAUAUCCCGUGGGGAUUCUCCAUCCGAAGCAGAGAGCGAUUCUUGCUCUCGAGAUAGAACGGCUUCGCCUUCUCCGUUUAGUCCUUCGGAUACUUCAGAUGUGGAAGUUAAGCGAAACCAGUUUACAAAAUGUGCUUUUGGAAAAAAUUUAGAGGCUCCAUCAAGUCGGUCUGUUGAAGUCGGUCGUAGAAGUUUCUCAGACGCCACUGUGCCGUGCCGUAAAAUAAGCGCAGGCGCAGUUACAGCUGGAUCAAGAACCAAGGGACCAACACAUGUCAGAGCCACAUCGUCGCCUUCAAAGUUAGCUGGCGUGAAACCUGGCACUGACUUAUUAGCCGAACUCCUUCGUGGCAGCUCAGAGGCGCUGUCAAAUUCUUCCACCUUUGACAACGUUAUCCUGACCCUUCAUCAGCAUAAUGACACAAGGACCCAUGUUGUCGUCGAAUUAUAUGAGACUGAAAAGUCUUAUGUGGAGGCAUUGGAGAUUUUAGUUAAGAAAUACCUGCAACCACUAAAGAGUCCAGAUAAUGCCAAUCUUCUUGAUGCGUUCGUCGUGGACGAGAUAUUUUACCAAGUUCCAGCGAUCCUGAACGUUCAUCAAGUAUUCCUGGAGCAGCUGAGGAGGAGACUGGAACAAUGGGAUUUGCAACAAAAAGUUGGAGACGUCUUCUUAGAUGUGUUUACCAAACCCACCGUAAUGGACACGUAUAUGUCCUUUAUCAACAAUCUGAAGAAAGCGAAAGAAACGAUAAAGAACGCAGCGGCAUCGAGGCCAGCUUUUGCAAAAUUCCUGGACGCUAUGGCGAGGGACCACAAAGGAAAACUGUCACUGGACAACCUCCUUAUAAAACCAGUACAGAAAUUUCCGAGUUACAAACUUUUAAUCGAAAGGCUGAUAAAACACACAGAUCAAUCACAUCCGGACCACAAGUUGCUUCUCGAAGCUCAAAAGGAAAUUCACGAACUUUUGGAGCUAAUAAACUGCACAGAGAGAGAAAGCUUAGAAUUGGAACAACAACAACAGACUCUGAGGGAUCUUGAACAAAUUAUUGAAGGACUAUCGAAUUUGGUGAUAGCGGAUCGAACAUUUAUAAGACACGAAAUGGUCACGAUGCCUUCAGCACAAGGAACCAUUAAGGAAAGAGCACUCUUUCUAUUCAACGAUAUGCUUCUUAUAACUAGCGUUAAAAGACGAACUGGAACUAUAAAGAAACCUAUUCCAACAUAUCAAAGCAGUAUAGCGAGUCAGAUGGAAGGCAACAAGUAUAAACUUCUAAUGAGGAUAUCGUUAACAGAUGUGGAAAUCGUUAAGGCAAAAGAUGAAAACAUACGUCGAAUAAUGCACGAAGUAGAAACUUUAACAGAAGAUGUGAACACAUUAACGCAAAUAUCAGAACACGUGGCAGCCUUGCACACCCAACACAACCAACUUGAAGAAUUAGUUCGAGAGAUGCUUCAUGUUGUGAACCGACAGCUGUCUGAGAGGCAGAACAGUGAUACGCAGCUCUGUUACAUGGAGAUCAGACUCAAUACCUCAAGUGGACCAGAAAAUCUUACGAUAAUAUUCCCUAAAACCGAGAAGAGGAGUAAUUGGGAGGAACUGAUAAAUGAGACCAAACAGAAGCUAUGUGUAUAUGGUCAAGAAAGGCCAGCUCCCGAAUUCCUCUCCCCGGUCCCGAUACGCAAGACUCGCGCCGGUCUGCAGUUCACGUGCGCUGCGCCCACUCUCCCACCGAAAGGACAGUCGCCUGAUGUUUGGGUGUGCAACAGUGACGGCUAUGUCGGCCAGGUCUGUGUACUGACGCUAUCUCCUAAGCCGCAAGUAACAUCGUGCAACGGCGUCUGCAACGCGAGGAUACUGUGUGUGGCGUGUGUCCCGCCGGCGCCAGCGCUAACCAGGCAGCAGACGUUGGAUAUACCAAGCACAAGUUCCUUAAAUAGUACUGGUUCCACAAAACCCGGUAUUAGCAUAUCUGACCCAGACGAGAGUUGCAAAAACAUUCGACUAGACAGCUCAUCAUCAAGUGAUGAUGAAGACGACGGCUCAUCAACCAGCGAGAACCAGGAUGCUCAGUCCGAGAGGAGCCAAGAGUCAGCCAGCCUUCGUCUCCAGAACCUGACUCUUGGGAACCAUCGAACGCUCACUCCGAACCAUAGCAAGAGUCUCAGUACUCCACACACUGGUCAGAACGUACCAGUACAUCCUGUGAUGAAAUCCAAUUCAAAUCCAGCGGUAGACAAACAAGCUAUGGGGAUAACAUCUGUUCAUGGACGCGUGAUAGCUGGUACUCUCUCAUCACCAGCGAGUCGCCAAUCAUCAGAAGACAGCGCUACAACAGCCAAUCAACCUACGAUGUGGCUUGGCACUGAAGACGGCUGUAUACAUGUCUACAACUGCUUAGACAAUAUACGAAUUAAGAAGAACAAAGUCAAAUUACAACAUAAUUCUGGAGUGCAUUCCAUUGUUUUCGUUGAGGGAAAAGUUUUUGUGGCGCUGGGAAACGGUGAUCUGGUGGUAUAUUGCAGAGAUAUAGAUGGUUCGUGGUCGGAGCGCUGCAGUAUCCCGGUGGGGUCGAACGCGGCGCCCGUCAGCAGCAUGCUGCUGUCGGAGGGCAAGCUGUGGUGCGCCGCGCACUCCUCCAUCAAGAUUAUAAACCCGCACACCUUGCAGGUGGACGAGACAUUCCAGCUGAGCUCGGAGAAGCCGAUCAGCCACAUGGCGGUGGCGCGCGGCGCCGUGUGGCUGGCGCUGCGCAACGCCGCCGCGCUGCGCUGCUACCGCGCGCCCGCCGCCCCCGCCGCCGGCCGCGAGCUGCUGGCCGAGCUCAGCCUCACGCCGCACGUCACCAAGAUGCUGCACGGCUGCGACGACAUCAUCCGCCAGCACAAGGCGGCGUGCCUGCGCGUGACGGCGCUGCUGGCGCACCGCGACACGCUGUGGGUGGGCACGAGCGCCGGCGUGCUGCUCACCGCGCCGCUGCACGCCGCGCCCGACAAGCGCUCCGGCGCCUUCGCCGUGCCGCAGCUCACCGGUGUUAUGUAUGGUCACACCGGGCACGUCCGAUUUCUGACGAUAGUCGAAAACCCGGUACCGCAAAAACCUGCCGCAAAGCCGACCCAAAGCUUAAAAUCCAAGACUUUGAGCCGACGCUCGACGAAUGCUGAGAAACUACAAAAGCAGACGGAAACCACCCAAAAUAAUAAGGAGACUUUAAUCAUCUCUGGCGGAGAUGGUUAUGAAGACUUCAGAAGUUCGUCUAUGACAGAAGACGCGGGGAGAGAAGAUUCCACGAAUCACCUACUCAUAUGGCGAGUAUGAAAGAAUUACACGGCCUACAGGGUUUCAACGCGCUCCCGGAACAGAAGGUUCCGGAAGAGAACUUCUAACGAAUGUUCUCAAAUAUACAUGUGACGAUUUUAUACACUGCUUGAUAUCGAUAGUUCGUUUAUCGCUGCGAAGCCUAAUUUUAUCACAAGUUUUUGUUGAUUUAAUGUUCCAGCUUUUUCAGAAAAAUGUUGAUAUGAACAAAUUUUAAAUUUAAGAUAUGAAUAAAUUUUGAUUGUUUUGCGCCGUUGUGGCAUAUAGAUUUCUGUAUUGAGAUUAUUAUUGAUUAAGUGAGACAUGAAAUGUCAAAUAUUAUCAAAUAUGGAAUUUAUAUUGUGUGUCAAUAUGAAAUAUGUAACAUCGUGCAGUAUUAUUAAAAGUGUCAUAAAUUAAGGAAUCGGAUCAUUAUUAGUCCUUUACGUAUAGGUUGGUUAUUGAAACCUGGCAUGUUCAUAAGUACUCAAAAUAAUGCAUAUUUUUAACAAAACAUCUGAAUAAACCGUCAACUGAUAGACGAUUAAAAAAAUAUGUUAAUACUUUGUAAUAAUAUAAUAUAGCUGAAAUUAAAAAUUACCUGUUUCUGUCACACUUGUAAGUUUGACUUAUGUGUAAAAGAGACAAAUGAUUUUUUCGUGAUUUGUAUGUAGUGUUACGUCACGCCGUACGCUUACAUACACAACUACACAAAUGUAAUAUGUAAAUGUGUAGUAACUGCCAGCUUCACCUAAUUUACCUGUACCUAACUGACGAUUUAUAUCACAAAAAUAUAUUUUAGAAAGAUUUACGUGUACCUAUCUAAUCAUAUCAAUGAAUAAAAAUGUUAAAUGUCCGUAAUUAUUUCGCUAUUAAAAUAGUUGUGUCGAUCUUUACUAGAUUAAUUAAAAUGAUCAAUGUGUACCUAAUAAAUUAAAUAAAUAUAUGUUCAUAAAAUACUUCACUUGUAAUGUGUUACCGAGGAGUACUUAUAAUAAUAAAAAAAUGUCGUCUGUGUAAAAUCUCGAUUCAAGAUAAUUGUUAUUAGUAGAUCUCUUAAUAGUUUUUAAUGGAAUAAAUGUAACUUUAUCUAAAAGUUGAUAAUGCGCAGCUUAAACAGAAAUUAUAAUUAUUGCUCAAGUAAAACUCUUUUAUGUUACCGACCCAUUUUUAAAGUGAGAGCAAAAUUUGUAACUAUUUUAAUAUGUGGCUGAAGUAGGUAAAAACGAUACUGCAGAAGAAUAAAUGCAAAUCGCACUA